UUUUCUUAUUGUCCCAAAUACAAUAAACUUGGUUAAAAGGACUUGAGACUUCGUUGAUUCCCAAAACUCAAGUAUUAAUCCUGUUUCGUCCACUUCCCACUCCGUUUUUGUGAUUUUCGCACUCUGCAGAGUCCUAUGGGGCUUCUUCUGGGGCUGGCUUUCUUGGUUCUUCUGCUCUGGGUUGCUGCCGUUGAAGGUUCUGACAGCCUCCUCUCUCCCAAGGGUGUUAACUAUGAAGUGGCUGCGUUGAUGUCUAUGAAGAGUAAAAUGACAGAUGAACGCCACGUGCUUGAUGGCUGGGAUAUAAAUUCUGUUGAUCCCUGCACUUGGAACUUGGUUGCUUGCUCUCCUGAAGGCUUUGUGGUUUCCCUUGAAAUGGCCAGUACGGGUUUGUCAGGUACACUUUCGCCGAGUAUUGGAAACUUGAGCCACCUUCAGACAAUGUUAUUGCAAAACAACCAAUUGUCUGGUUCUGUUCCAUCUGAGAUUGGGAAACUUUCAGAAUUGGUAACCCUUGACCUUUCUGGUAAUCAGCUCAGUGGUGAAAUUCCAAGCUCUUUGGGUUUCUUGACCUGUCUAAAUUACUUUUGCAGGCGACUUAGCAGGAACAAUUUAUCUGGACAGAUUCCUGGACCUGUUGCAAAUCUUACAGGUCUAUCAUUCUUGGACUUGUCAUUUAAUAACCUCAGCGGUCCUACUCCAAAAAUACUGGCUAAAGGCUACAGUAUUACGGGGAACAGCUUUCUCUGCUCUUCAUCUUCAGCACAAAUCUGCAUGAAUGGUGCAAAGCCUGUCAAUGUCACAUUUUCAGAUCGGAAAGGUAGCAAUCACCGUCGAUGGGUUAUAUCGGCUGUGGUAGGAGUCAGUUGCACAUUUGUGGUUUCUGUCAUGCUGCUUGUCUGUUGGGUGCAUUGGUACAGAUCUCGCCUUCUAUUUACAUCAUAUGUGCAGCAGGAUUAUGACUUUGAUAUUGGUCAUCUGAAGAGAUUUUCAUUCCGGGAACUGCAAAUUGCUACGAGCAAUUUCAGUCCUAAAAACAUCUUAGGACAAGGUGGAUAUGGAGUUGUCUAUAAAGGAUAUCUUCCAAACAGGACAAUUGUGGCAGUCAAAAGGCUGAAGGAUCCAAAUUUUACUGGAGAAGUCCAGUUUCAGACUGAAGUCGAGAUGAUAGGCUUGGCUUUGCACCGGAACCUUCUGCGUUUAUAUGGCUUCUGCAUGACAGCUAAUGAGAGGCUACUUGUUUAUCCUUAUAUGCCAAAUGGAAGUGUUGCUGAUCGCUUAAGAGAUACUGGGCGGGAGAAGCCAUCUUUGGAUUGGAACAAGCGCAUGCAUAUUGCCCUUGGUGCUGCCCGUGGACUUCUCUACUUACAUGAGCAAUGCAAUCCAAAAAUAAUUCACAGGGAUGUGAAAGCUGCAAACAUUCUUCUUGAUGAUAGCUUUGAAGCAGUAGUUGGGGAUUUUGGCCUGGCUAAGCUGUUAGAUCUGAGAGACUCACAUGUCACAACUGCAGUGCGGGGUACUGUCGGACACAUUGCACCAGAAUAUCUUUCAACUGGGCAAUCUUCUGACAAAACUGAUGUCUUUGGAUUUGGCAUACUGCUUUUGGAACUCAUAACAGGACAAAAGGCAUUAGAUGCAGGAAAUGGUCAAGUUCAGAAGGGAAUGAUCCUUGAAUGGGUUCGAACCUUGUAUGAGGAGAAAAGACUGGAGGUGCUGGUGGAUAGGGAUCUGAAGGGAUGUUUUAGUGCUGAAGAGCUAGAAAAAACAGUAGAACUCGCCUUGGAUUGUACUCGAUCAAGUCCCAACCUCAGGCCAAAGAUGUCACAGGCUUUGAAGGUCCUAGAAAGUAUUGCUGGGCAACCCGGACAAAUGGAGGAAUCACAUGGUGGAAACAACAUCGAGGGUCGAAGUUGUAGUUUCGCAAGAAACUACAUUGAUGUCCAUGAAGAGUCUUCAUUCAUUAUAGAACCCAUUGAGCUUUCUGGGCCCAGGUGACAAUGCAGUUUUCCUUAUGCAGGUUGUUCAUGUUCAGAAUCAACAUAGCAUAUAGACCUUUUUUUCUUCCCGCUGAUAAUGGAGCAAGACUAGCAUAUCAGUCCACCAUGUACAGGGUAGACACUGUCUGAAAAACAAUGCCAAGUGUAUAUGUUUAGACGAAACAAAUUUCUCCAAGGGAUUAGCACACUGAAUGUAUUUUGAGGUAGUUCCAACUAUAAUUGGGAAAAUUUUUGGCAACUAAUACAAAACUAACUCAUGACAUGCUUGUUGAGUGUAACACAAGGGUUCCUCACGUGUAAGAAGCAAGUACUCACAACAAUAGAUAUAUCCAAUGCUGUCACUUUGCUUCUGUUUAUAUGCAUGUGAUCAAGGGGUGGUUAGAAUAAGAUGUUAGCAAUAAGUAGUUGCCCUAAGUUGUGUUCAGCCAUGGAUAAGAAAGGCCGAAUGAUAUCAAUCUGGUUUGUUUGGUUGGUUGGUGCGUGCAAAACCAUUUGGCACCACACA